UGUGAGAGGCCCCUCCCCCCAGUGUGUGAGAGGCCCCUCCCCCCCAGUGUGUGAGAGGCCCCUCCCCCGAGUGUGUGAGAGGCCCCUCCCCCCAGUGUGUGAGAGGCCCCUCCCCCCCCCCGAGGAUGAACGUGACGUCGCUGUUCUCCUUCACCAGCCCGGCCGUGAAGAGGCUGCUGGGCUGGAAGCAGGGGGACGAGGAGGAGAAGUGGGCGGAGAAGGCCGUGGACGCGCUGGUGAAGAAACUGAAGAAGAAGAAAGGAGCGAUGGAGGAACUGGAGAAGGCCCUGAGCUGCCCCGGACAGCCCAGCCAGUGUGUGACCAUCCCCCGCUCCCUGGACGGGCGCCUGCAGGUGUCCCACAGGAAGGGCCUCCCCCAUGUGAUCUACUGCCGGGUGUGGCGCUGGCCUGACCUGCAGUCCCACCACGAGCUGCGGGCCCUGGACUGCUGCGUGUUCCCCUUCGGCUCCAAGCAGAAGGACGUCUGCAUCAACCCCUACCACUACCGCCGCGUGGACAGCCCCAUGCUGCCCCCAGUGUUGGUCCCCAGGAACAACGAGCUGACCGCCCGGCUACCCAUGCAGGCCCGUUACCAGGGCGCCAUCGACCACAACGAGCCGCUCAUGCCCCACAAUGCCACCUACCCAGAAUCCUUUGCUGCUCGGGGCCCCGGGAAUGGCAUGGCCUUCCCCUGUUCCCCCGGCAACAGUUACCCCAGCUCCCCAGGAACUGGCUCCAGUAGCACCUCCGCCUUCCCCCCCUCCCCCCAUCUCCCCCCCUCCCCCCUCAGCUCUGACGCAGACAGCCCCUUCCAUGUACCAGCAGACACCCCUCCUCCAGCCUACAUGCCUCCAGAUGAGUGUGUGAGUCAGGACUGCUCCCAGCCCAUGGAUACCAACCUCCUCGCCAUGACGACUGGCCCCGACAACAGUAGCAGGCCAGACCUCCAGGCAGUGCCCUAUGAGGAACCUAAACACUGGUGUUCUGUGGUGUACUAUGAGCUGAACAGCCGAGUGGGCGAGGCCUACCUGGCGUGUGACUCCAGCGUGCUGGUGGACGGCUUCACCGACCCCAGCAGCAGCCAGAGCCGCUUCUGUCUGGGCCUGCUCUCCAACGUCAACCGCAACUCCACCAUCGAGAACACACGCAGGCACAUCGGCAAGGGAGUGCACCUGUACUACGUGGGUGGGGAGGUGUAUGCGGAGUGCCUGUCUGUCAGCAGUAUCUUCGUGCAGAGCAGGAACUGUAACCAGCAGCACGGCUUCCAUCCCACCACGGUGUGCAAGAUCCCCAGCGGCUGCAGCCUCAAGAUCUUCAACAACCAGGAGUUCGCCCGCCUGCUGGCCCAGUCCGUCAACCACGGCUUCGAGGCCGUGUACGAGCUCACCAAGAUGUGCACCGUGCGCCUGAGCUUCGUCAAGGGCUGGGGAGCAGAGUACCACCGGCAGGAUGUGACCAGCACCCCCUGCUGGAUAGAGGUGCACCUGCACGGGCCCCUGCAGUGGCUGGACAAGGUGCUCACUCAGAUGGGCUCUCCUCACAACGCCAUAUCCUCUGUGUCCUAACACACACACACCUAACACGCACUCAGACACACCUAACACACACACACCUGACACACACAGACACAUCCUAUCACACACACAGACACACACACCACA